CUUUAUGAACCGCGCCUUUUUGGUUUUGCAAUUACAGUAAUUUAUUCCGAACGCUUGUGGAAUGAAUUGGUCAAACUCUCUGUGCCUGUGUGUGACGUGAAGCGCAGCUGUGGGGAAAUUCCUGCCCCACGAGUAAAUGUCCAAUCGCUGUCAAGCACCUGUGUAAUAGGAGCCGAGUAACGCCCUCUCUCGCUUCCGAGCGAGGUGAAAGUGAAACGAGAAAGAAAACAAAAAAAGUUAUGGCGAGCGGAGGAGUCGACAGACCGAAUUUUGAGGAAGCACCGGCUUCUUUCAAAUCUGCGGUGUGGCAACAUUUCGGUUUCCCUGUGGACUACAAUGCAGACGGAGAGAAAAUAUUGAAAAAAACAUAAAACAAUUUGCAAGCAUUGCUCAGCGCUUGUUCCCUAUGCUAACGGCAAGACUUCUAACAUGACCCAGCAGUCAGCACUUCAGCCGGCAUCACCCAAAGACAUCGCUUUCUCAGAGCAGGACAACCCCAAAGAUGACACCAGUGAAAACACACGGGUCUAUAGAAGAGGAGUUCCAAAAGCCUUACAAUAUCAGGCGCAGCCACCUAAAUGUCCCGAGAUAACAAGAAAGAGGACGAUGACUGGCUCUGAUGAGACCACCCCACCACCCCAAGCAAAGCAAAGGAGGGAAAUGGCCAGAAUGUUAGUCAAUCUGCUCGUCCUGAACCCCAGGAGUCUCCUCGCAUGAAAGAAGAGGAGGAGGAAGAGUUGACAUCUAUCAAGAAGGUGGAGGAAGAAUUUGUCCAUAUCAAAGAGGAGCAGGAGGAGUAUUUAAUUAGAGUUGAGAACCCCCACAUUGAGGAGCAGCAGCAACCGCAUCCCCUCAAAACGGAGGAGGAGGACCCUUCAUAUGUAAAAGUGGAGGUGGUGGACAUCCCCAAGUGGACUGAUGAGACCUUGAAGGGUGAAGAUGGAGGUCUGAGUGAGGCCAGCAGAGGGGCAGAGCGUCCGAGUGGCAGCAGCAGCAGUUCAAAAGAAGGAUUCCAAGCAGACAACCUCAUCGCUCGACCAUCAGAGAGUGACGCCUUCACAUCACACUCGCUGUUUUGUUUCAGAAAAUAUCUUGGUUCUGAGCGGCAGGAGUCAGAGUCUCCUGGCGUUAAAGAGGAAGUUGUGCACCUGCAAAUAAAAAAGGAAGAGCCAGACGACCCUGAACAGCAAAAGCGAGAUAAGCAUCUUCCAAUCAAAAGGGAAGAAGUAGAGUUUACGCAAGAGGUAGAGACAUACGUUGAAGAGGAAAACGAUAUCACUAGGCCAACUGGUGAGCCUUUGAAGAGUGAAGAGGGCCUGAGUGAGACCAGCAGAGGAGCGGAGCCUCCAAUUGGCAGCAGCAGCUCAACAGAAGGAUUGCAAGCGGACAGUUUCACCGCUCCACUAUCAGAUAGCGAAGACGCCAUAUCACACUUACCUGACAGUGAUGAUGGUCAUAAGAACAGUGACGACAAACACAAAUGCUCUCACUGUGUGAAAACCUUUAUAAAUAAGUAUAGAUGUCAUAGGCAUAUGAGGAGCCACACUGGAGAAAAACCUUUUUGCUGCUCAGUUUGUGGCCAAAGAUUCUCUCAGACGCAACACUUAAAACGACACACAAGAACCCACACUGGAGAAAAACCUUUUUGCUGCUCAGUUUGUGGCCAAAGAUUCUCUGAAAAGGGAAACCUAAAACAACACACAAGAAACCACACUGGAGAAAAACCUUUUGCCUGCUCAGUUUGUGGCCAGAGAUUCAGUCGCAAGAGCCACUUAAAUGCACACGCAGCAACCCACACCGGUCAAAAACCUUUUUCCUGCUCAGUUUGUGGCCAAAGAUUCUCUCAGACUCAACACUUAAAACGGCACACAAGAACCCAUACUGGAGAAAAACCGUUUUCCUGCUCAGUUUGUGGCCAAAGAUUCUCCGAAAAGGGAAACUUAAAACAACACAGAAGAACCCACACUGGAGAAAAAGCUUUUUCCUGCUCAGUUUGUGGCCAAAGAUUCUCUCAUAAGGGUAGCCUAAUAGAACACACAAGAACCCACACUGGUGAAAAACCUUUUUCCUGCUAAGUUUGUGGUCAAGAUUCACUCAAAAGACGGGCUUAAAAACACACCAAAGAACCCACACUGGUGAAAAACCUUUUUCCUGUGCAUUUGGUGGCGAAAGAUUAAAUUCCCAGCAUCACGUAAUGACACACACAAGAACCCAUUCUGGAGAAAACCCUUUUUCCUGCCUAGUUUGUGGCCAAAAAUUCUCUUCAAAGGGAAACCUAACAAGACACAACAACCCACACUGGAGAAUAACCUUUUCCUUCUCAAUUUGUGGUCAAAGAUUUUCUUUGAGGGAAACCUUAAUACAACGCAUAAGAAACCACACUGGUGAAAAACCUUUUUUUUUUUUUGUACUGAGUUGGUGGGCAAUCAUUUAAUCAGAAGGAUCAGGUUACGAGACGUGUGUGCGUGUUGGUGUGAGAAGCUGUGGCUAAGCACAGUUUUGCCUGUCAUCCAUUGUGGCUUCAUCAGUUUGUCCAUGCAAGACAAUUUUCUUUGGACCUACCUCAAAUCCUGUUGAGGAUUUGCAGUUGUUGUGCUAUACGUGUGCUUUGUCGGUUCCUUAUGUGAAGUAUGUUCAAACUAUUGUCAAAAGAACUGGCUCACCUGAUUUACAAUUAAUAUGAAUUUAGAUAAAUUUAGGUCGCGUGAUCCUUCGCCAGGAUGAUUUUGGGGGAAAAAAAAGAUUUUUUUUACAUAAAGAAUCUGGAAUGAAAGUAUAAUAACCUAGAACAGGGUUCAUCAAAACCGCACCUCGGGCCACUUUUCGUCUCGUGUUUUCCAUGUCUCCCUCCUCCAGCACACCUGAAAGUUUCAGGUUUCUUUAGGGGAGAUAAACUGAAGGAAGGACAGAACUCUCCCCUGAGACUGUAAAACCAGACAGACAAACCUGUGCACUGCUUGGAUUGAUUACCAGAAAGCAUAUGACUCGAUGCCGCAUCCAUGGAUCUCGGACUGCCUGAAGCUGUACAAGGUUAACACCACACUAAGAGCCUUUGUUGCAAACUUAAUGAGGCUGUGACAGACCACCCUUGAGGCCAACUUUCAGCCAAUUGCGCAAGUCUCUUUCAAAUGUGACAUAUAACAAGGAGAUGCUCAAUCCCCACUGCUGUUCUACAUGGGCCUGAAGCCCCUCAGCCAAUUCAUCAACAAGACUGACUAUGGAUACUGACUUAGGUAUGGGGCCACCGUCAGUCACCUGCUCUACAUGGAUGAAAUUAAGCUGUCCGCUAAGAGCGAACGAGACAUUGACUCACUGAUCCGCACCACCUGGAUCUAUCUACAGCGGCGACAUCGGAAUGUCAUUCGGACUGGAGAAAUGUGGCCGAAUGGUGACAAAGAGAGGGAACAUAGUCCAGACAAAGAGGGUUGCACUCCCAUAGGGGUGGAGAGCACAUGUUAAGGAGGGCUACAAGUACCUUGGAAUGUAACAUCAUGAAGAGGCCAUAACGAAUGCUGUAACGGUCAAGUAUCUGCAACGAGUACGGCAGGUCCUAAGAAGUCAGCUCAAGGGCAAGAAAAAGACUCUGUGCCAAGUGCACAUAUGGACACCCAUAUGUUUGAACAUGGUGUUCAUUAUGGACAAACCACGACAAGUACAGAAGUCCAAUAGCAGAACACAGCUCAGGUUCCCAAUCAUGCCCCUCCAGGUCUCACUGUAAUUCCCCACGUGAGCGUUGAAUUACCCCAGCAGAACGAGGGAGUCCCCAGAGGGAGCGCUCUCCAGCACACUCGCCAAAGACUCUGAGCCCGGCCACCAGAUGCCCUACCUCCAGGCAAGGGAAACCUAAGUCCAUUUCAUUCAUCCAUUCAUCAUGAGGGUUAUUUUGAGCCAUGCUUUGUCUUAUCCCUCACCAGGACCUGUUUGCCAUGAGCAUAAAACCCCAGACAACAUAGCUCCUAGGAUCAUUGGGAAACGCAAACAGCUCCAACCACAAUACGGAGAUGACUCAUGGGGUGAAAAAACCCCAACUUUUGUUAAGAAUUGGCAGAUUCUAAAAAUCAGGUGACUCUGACUCAGGUGCAAAAAUAUGUGAUCAGGACAUCCCUACGAUGUAAAAUUUUUUCGUCUCAUUGAAUCCCUAUGAAAUUAUUUAUUUUGCUUUGAUAAAAUUAUGCAUAUACAGUAUAUGUAUACAUGUAUAUGAAGAAGAUGACAAUAAAAGCUGACUUUGAUUUUGAUAAUUGCAUUCUUUAACUUCUGUUUGUAUCCUCAUUAAAAGUUUGCAAUCUUUUAUUAUUGUCUGGGGGGGAAAAAUCAAUUCAUUGAUCAAAGGGAAACAUAUGUAUAAAUAUACAUUCAUAUUUAUGUGUAUGUAUUUUGACUUCCAUUAUUUGUUCAAUUACUUGCUCUCGACAAUAAAUUUUAAUAUGUAUUUAAUGUUAUUCCAACAUUAUUACAGUGUUCACAUGAAAAUGUCUGCCAGUAAAAUUAACACUUGCUGUAGCCUACCAGAUCUGACAGGUUGUGAUUAUGAUUGUGUUGUCUAUGUUGCACCAUCAACAGUUUUAUUCUUUACUAGGCUCACAGUUGGCAAGUGUCUCAUUGCCCUUUGAACUUCCAUCAUUUUCCAAACUAAGGGCUGAUAGAUGUAUCGGUUCAGUGCACACAAACUAGAGAUUCUGAUCAAAUGUGACAAAAAAAAUACUCAUACAUCAGACAUUUUCAUGUAAUUGCCAUACAAUGACUCGUUGCUGAAGCGUGAUACUCUAACAGCUUGCAAAGUCGAGCUAGCAAGUCAUAACUCCGGUCAUCUGCCAUUACUCAGAAAAUACACACAAUUUAUAUUAUCU